GAGCAUUGCCACCCACCUCCUGCCUGUGACACAAAGCUUUAGAGAUACAGGGAGCGAGAGGGGUAGAAAGAGUGAGGGAGGGAGAAAAAAAGAAAGAGACAGAGGGAGAGAGAGGAAGGGAUUGAGAGAGGGAAAAAUCCAGAGAGGGAGCAGGAGAGGAAAGACAGGGACGGACUAUUCAUAGCAGUAGAGCGACUGAGGACUGAGAGAGAACAUGGUAGAGUGAGAGAGAUAGAGAUCAGAUAAGUGAAUGACUCAGGAAAGACUGAGAGGACCAAGAGAGGACCAAGAACCAGGAGGAGGCAGAGGGGUAGAUCAGUGACAGUUGGUUUUGGUACUCACAAGAGCAGCAGGAGUGUUGUGUAUCCAAGCGAGGUGAAAGUGACGGUUGUUUAAACAGCUGCUCCCGGGCUGCAGGAAUAAACAACAACAGGGAGACUUUCUCCGUGUGCAGCCCGCAGGCAUGGCAAGCCAACAGGACUCUGGCUUCUUUGAGAUCAGCAUCAAGUCUCUUCUCAAGUCCUGGAGUGGCUCAUCUCCUGUGGGGAACGGAUACAGUAAGCCGCCCAUCCUUCCUGUGCUGAGUCCCCAAGGAGAGAAGGGUACUCCAACCAUGAUGCCCAUUAACAUCGACCCGGAGAGCCGGCCAGGGGAGUAUGUCCUCAAGAGCAUGUUCGCCAACUUCACCACGCUGUCCGAGCGCAAGAUACGCAUCAUCAUGGCCGAGCCGUUGGAGAAACCUUUGACCAAGUCACUGCAGAAGGGUGAAGACCCUCAGUUUGACCAGUUGAUCAGUGCUAUGAGUUCUCUGGCGGAGUACUGCCUCCCAUCCAUCCUGAGGACACUGUUUGACUGGUACAGAAGACAGAAUGGUUUAGAGGACUCAGAGUCACACGAAUACAGACCCAGAGCUAACACAAAGUCCAAAAAUGAUGAACAGCAGAGAGAUUAUCUACUUGAAAGGAGGGAUUUGGCUGUUGAAUACAUCUUCUCUCUCGUACUUAUAGAAGUUUUAAAACAGAAUGCUGUCAUGACCCCUCCUCUCUUUGACCAGAUGCCUCUCCACCCUGUCCUGGACAGUUUGGUCAGUGAAGUCAUUAACUUGGCCUUUAAGCACUUUCGAUACAAAGAAGGGUACCAUGGUCCCAACACUGGUAACAUGCAUACUGUAGCAGACCUUUAUGCAGAAGUAAUAGGAAUUUUAGCCCAGGCCAAGUUUCCUGCUGUUAGAAAGAGGUUUCUGUCAGAGCUGAAGGAGCUGAGACAGAAGGAGCAAACUCCCUACAUGGUCCAGAGUACCAUCAGCCUCAUCAUGGGUGUCAAGUUCUUCCGCAUCAAGAUGUAUCCUGUGGAGGACUUCGAAGCCUCCUUCCAGUUCAUGCAGGACUGUGCCCAGUACUUCUUGGAAGUGAAGGACAAGGACAUAAAGCACGCCUUGGCUGGGAUCUUUGUGGAGAUCCUAGUUCCUGUAGCGGCAGCUGUUAAGAACGAGGUGAACGUGCCGUGUCUAAGAAACUUUGUGGAGAGCCUGUAUGACACAACACUGGACCUCUCCACUCGAAAAAAACACUCCCUGGCUCUUUAUCCGUUGGUGACCUGCUUGCUAUGUGUCAGCCAAAAGCAGUUCUUUCUCAACAAAUGGACUGUCUUCCUCAACAACUGCCUAUCCAACCUUAAGAGUAAAGACCCCAAGAUGGCACGCGUGGCUCUGGAGUCUCUUUACCGCUUGCUUUGGGUCUACAUGAUCAGGAUCAAGUGCGAGAGCAACACUGCUACACAAGGGCGUCUCAACACCAUCAUUACAACACUUUUCCCCAAAGGCUCUCGCAGUGUCGUGCCUAGAGAUAUGCCCCUCAACAUCUUUGUCAAAAUUAUCCAGUUUAUUGCACAGGAACGACUAGACUUUGCAAUGAAAGAGGUCAUAUUUGACCUCCUGUGUGUUGGGAAACCAGCUAAAGCCUUUAGUCUUAACCCAGAGAGAAUGAACAUUGGCCUGAGAGCAUUCUUGGUCAUAGCUGAUAAGCUGCAGCAGAAAGAUGGGGAGCCGCCCAUGCCUAACACUGGAGCCACCCUGCCCUCGGGUAACACCCUCAGGGUGAAGAAGACUUACCUGAACAAAACACUGACAGAUGAUGAAGCCAAGUCCAUAGGUAUGUCGCUGUACUACUCCCAGGUGAGGAAGGCCAUAGACAAUAUCCUAAGACACUUAGACAAGGAGGUUGGCCGAUGCUUGAUGAUGACCAACGUCUUGAUGCUCAACAAAGAGCCUGAGGACAUGAUCACAGGAGAGAGGAAACCGAAAAUUGACUUAUUUCGGACGUGUGUGGCAGCAAUCCCUCGCAUCCUGCCAGACGGCAUGUCAAAGCCUGAACUAAUAGAUCUGCUGUCUCGGUUAACUAUUCACAUGGACGAUGAGUUACGCCUCAUAGCCCAGAAUUCCCUCCAGAGUUUACUUGUGGACUUCCCUGAAUGGCGUGAUGACGUCCUGUUUGGCUUUGCCAACUUCCUGUUGCGGGAAGUUCAGGACAGCCACCAGGCCUUACUUGACACAUCUCUCAGGCUGCUGCUUCAGCUGUUGACCCAGUGGAGAUUGGCUCUAUCAGCCCUAGUAAAGGGCUGCGACACAGCCAAGUUACGGCCUGCAGAGCUUUUUCAGUUGGGCUCCAGCCAUCGUGUGCUGCAUGCUGUUGAGGGGUUGGCCUUGCUGCUGCUCUGCUCCUGUCAGCUCAUGACACGUAAACUGGCCGUGGCUAUUCUCCGGGAGAUACGCUGCCUGUUCCUUGCCAUUGGACUGGCUGAGGAUGAGGAAAAACCCAUGAUUGAGGUCAUGGACCAGCUAAGUCCGGUGGUUCUGGACAGCUUUGUCCACGUGUCAGACACGACUACCGUCCCGUUGGGCCACCAAGUGGACUUUCAGUGGUUGGUGGAGUGGAAUUCCCUGCUGGUCAACAGCCACUACGACAUCCGCAGCCCUUCCCACGUGUGGAUCCUUGCCCAGUCGGUCAAGGACCCCUGGGUGCUCUGUCUCUAUAGCCUGCUGCGCCAGGACCAUCUGCCCAAACACUGUCCCACAGCCCUCAGCUACGCCUGGCCCUACGCCUUCACACGCAUGCAGCUGCUCAUGCCACUAGUUGACCCCACUAACCCAGUGUACGCUAAAAAGACAUGCAGCCCAUCUGGUGGUGUGGAUGGUUACGUGACCCUGUGGCGAAACUAUCUGAUCCUGUGUUUUGGAGUGGCGAGGCCCAGCAUCAUGAGCCCCGGCCACCUAAGAGCCUCCACUCAUGAGAUCACGGCUACUACCCCUGAUGGUAGCAUCAGCUACGAAAAGCAGAUUAUCGGAACCCCCUCAGUUGCGUGGCUUCUGAAGCAGCUGGUCCCUCUGAUGAGAGCAGACAGCAUCGAGCUGACAGAAUCCUUGGUGCUGGGCUUUGGACGCACCAACUCCCUGGUCUUUAGGGAGCUGGUAGAAGAGCUGCAUCCUUUAAUGAAGGAGGCUUUGGAGAGGAGACCAGAGAACAAGAAGCGUCGUGAACGGAGAGAUCUACUGAGACUGCAGCUUCUGAGGAUAUUUGAACUACUGGCUGAUUCUGGUGUCAUCAGUGAUAGCACCAACGGAGCUCUGGAGCGGGACACGUUAGCCCUAGGAGCACUGUUCCUGGAGUAUGUGGACCUGACGCGAAUGCUACUAGAGGUGGAGAACGACAAGGACCUGGAGAUCCUCAAGGACAUUAGAGCUCACUUCAGUGCCAUGGUGGCAAACCUCAUCCACUGUGUUCCUGUCCACCAUCGACGCUUCCUGUUCCCGCAGCAGAGCCUGAGGCAUCACCUCUUCAUUCUGUUCAGCCAAUGGGCAGGCCCUUUCAGCGUCAUGUUUACGCCACUUGAUCGUUACAGUGACAGGAACCACCAGAUCACGAGAUACCAGUACUGCGCCCUCAAGGCCAUGUCUGCGGUGCUAUGCUGUGGACCUGUGUUUGACAACGUUGGACUAUCCCCAGACGGAUACCUCUAUAAGUGGCUGGAUAACAUACUAGCCUGCCAGGACCUACGAGUGCACCAGCUAGGUUGUGAGGUAGUGAUUCUGCUGCUGGAGUUGAAUGCUGACCAGGUCAACUUGUUUAACUGGGCUGUCGACCGCUGCUUCACUGGCUCCUACCAGCUGGCCUCUGGCUGCUUCAAGGCCAUCGCCACUGUUUGUGGAAGCAGAAACUACCCAUGUGACAUUGUGACUUUGUUGAACUUGGUGCUUUUCAAGGCAUCAGAUACCAGCAGGGAAAUCUAUGAAAUCUCAAUGCAGCUAAUGCAGAUUCUGGAGGUGAAGCUGUUUGUGUAUUCCAAGAAGAUAGCAGACCAGAAGUCCACUAAUAUCUUGUAUGGGACCCAUGGACCUCUGCCCCCCCUUUACAGUGUCUCUCUGUCCCUGCUCUCACAGCAAUUAGCUAGAAUGUACCCAGAGCUCACGCUGCCUCUUUUCUCAGAGGUGAGUCAGCGUUUCCCAACGACCCACCCCAAUGGUCGUCAGAUCAUGCUGACCUACCUUCUGCCUUGGCUCUCCAACAUUGAGCUGAUGGACAGCAGUCUGCUGCCCCCCGUCUCCGGCCCCUGCAGCCCUGAGGAAGAGACCCCAGGCCGGACUGGCAGCACCCCAAGACAGGUCUCCCACCAAACCUUGAGGGGAACGGGCUGGGGUUCGCUGCAGGCCACUUUGUUAGUCCUCAACAACCUCAUGUUCAUGACAGCCAAGUACGGAGAUGAAAUCCCUGGACCAGAGAUGGAGAACGCCUGGAAUGCUCUGGUAAAUAAUGACAGGUGGAGCAACAACCUAAGGACUACCCUACAGUUCCUCAUCAGCCUGUGUGGCGUGAGCAGUGACACUACCCUCCUGCCUUAUAUCAAGAAGGUAGUGAUCUACCUGUGUCGGAACAACACCAUUCAGACCAUGGAGGAGCUGCUGUUUGAGCUGCAGCAGACAGAUCCAGUCAACCCUGUAGUGCAGCACUGUGACAACCCACCUUUCUACUGCUUCACUGCUACCAACAAGACCUCCACCGCCGCCUCAGGAACAACAUCCAGUAGUAACACUGUAGUUGGCGGCCAGGAGAAAAUCCCUGGCACAGAUGACACUAAAGCAGCAAAGGAUAAUGAAGAAAGGCUGAAUAACAUCAUGCGGAACCACAGCCGUCUGGAGUCUCGAUACAGCAACAGUUCUGGAGGCUCCUACGAUGAAGAUAAGUGUGAACCCAUUCCACCGUAUGCUGGUUGGUUGAUAAGUGUUGUGGAGACCAAUCAGCCAGUCCCUCUGCCGAUGCCGGUCAACAGAGGCUGCUGGGCUCCUCUGGUCGACUACCUCCCUGAAACCAUCACUCCUAGAGGGCCUCUACACAGGUGUAACAUUGCAGUGAUCUUCAUGACCGAGAUUGUGGUUGACCACAGUGUGACUGAAGACUGGGCCCUGCACCUACCGUUGUUGCUCCACGCUCUCUUUCUUGGCAUGGAUCACUACCGUCCCGAGGUGUUUGAGCACAGCAAGCGUCUCCUCCUACACUUGCUCAUCACACUAUCCUACAACAGCAACUUCCAGACCAUCGCCUCCGUUUUGCUGAAGACACAAGAGGUCAAUGGCAGCAAGACCCUGACAAGCAAGCCAAGUUACCAGCCUGAAUACUUCACUACAACCGGAAGUGGGGUGGAUUUCCUCAGAGAGGGUCAGGUGUCCCCUGUUCCUGACUCUGGCCUCAGCUCCUCGUCCACCUCCUCCAUCCUCAGCCUGGGAGGCAGCACCUCCAACCUGCCCCACAUCUCCUCCCAGGAGGUGGAGGAGCUGGAGAGCCCCACAGUGACGAAUGAGAGAACCAACAAGCUGAUUGAGUUCCUCACCACCAGGACCUACGGACCACUGUGGUGCCAUGAAGACAUCUCACCCAAAAACCAGAUCUCCAAAAGCACAGAGCAGCUUUCCAACUUCCUGCGUCACGUGGUGUCUGUGUUCAAAGAGUCCAAAUCAGACUUUCAUCUGGAGCAACAGCUGAGUGACAUAGCUUUGCAGACUGGCCUAUGUAGCUCAUCACGCCACUACGCCGGUCGGUCCUUCCAGGUUUUCCGGGCACUGAAGCAGCCGCUCUCGGCCCACGCCAUCUCUGACCUGCUCUCGCGGCUGGUGGAGGUGGUGGGAGAGCACGGGGAGGAAGUACAGGGUUAUGUGUUGGAGCUGCUGCUCACCUUAGAGUCUGUGGUGGACAACCUGGCUGAAUGCCUCAAGAACAACGACCUGAUGGCUAUCCUAAACAGGGCAUCCUCCCCCGACUUCCUGACGAAUGACAAGCUGGUAUCCAACAGGAAGAGCACAGGGCAGCUGAACCUGUUCCAGAGGGGCUUUGGAACAGCUGAGCGCAGCCGACACCAGAGGAGCUACUCUGUCCCUAAAAAGUUUGGCGAGGCAGACCGCUCGUCCGAACUUCCUCGUAGUGCAACACUAGACCGAAUUCAUGCCUGCGCCCAGCUGGGUGGGUUGGCCAUGAACUGCAGUCCAUCCUCAUCCAAAGACCCUCUGAGUGACCCAAACAAUGUCAACCACCCAUCCAACCUGUUGGCCACCAUCUUCUUUGUGGCCGUGGCCUUGAUGGAGUCAGACUUUGAGUUUGAGUAUCAGAUGUCCCUCCGGCUGCUCCACAAGCUGCUGGGCCACGUGGCCCUUGACAAGCAGGACAACAGAGAGCGGCUAGAGAAGCUCCAGGGCCAGCUGAGGUGGAGCGGUUUCAACGGGCUGCAGCAUCUGCUCCUCAAGGGAUUUACAUCCAGUGCCACCACUGACCUCACCCUGCACAUAUUCUGUCAGCUCACACCUGUGUCACGGGUUCCUGUGGUGGAUACCUCCCAGGCCAUAGGUUUCCCGUUAAACGUUCUCUGUCUGUUACCUCACCUAGUCCAGAACUUUGACAGCCCCUCACAGUUCUGUAAAGAUGUGGCUGAGAGAAUAGCUCAGGUAUGCCUAGAAGAGAAGAAUGCGAAACUGUCCAACUUGGUCCAUGUAAUGACCCUGUACAAAACUCAUUCAUACACACGGGACUGCUUCUCCUGGGUCAACGUGGUCUGUCGCUACCUCCAUGAGGCAUUCUCUGACAUCACCCUGAAUAUGGUCACUUACAUGGCAGAGUUAUUGGAAAAGGGUCUAUCCAGCAUGCAGCAGACCUUGCUUCAAAUCAUCUACAGCCUACUCAGUCACAUGGACCUGUCAGUCAUUGAGCCUAAGCCAUUCAACAUGGAAGUUCUCAAGACCAUUGAAAAGUUUGUCCAGACGGCCCACUGGAGAGAAGCUCUGAACAUCCUGAAGCUGGUUGUGUCCCGGUCAGCCAGCCUGGUGCAGCCGGCAUCCCCCCAUAGCGAACUGUCCAAUCUGGACCUUCGGGUGUGGGAACGCUCCUCCAAGGCCUUGCCCGGGAAAACACUAGCUUUUACUUUUGACAUCUCUGAGACCCCAGUGAUUGGCCGGAGGUAUGAGGAGCUGCAAGGUUCGCCAGGCCGGGAGGGGAAGAACCGGGUCAUAGCUGUGACCCGCAGCACCUCCUCCACCUCCUCAGGCUCCUCCUCCAACAACGUCCUGGUGCCAGUCAGCUGGAAGAGGCCACAGUCCUCUCAGAAGAGAACACGGGAAAAGCUGGUGAAUGUAUUGUCUUUGUGUGGACAGGAAGUUGGGCUCACCAAAAACCCUUCGGUGAUCUUCUCUAGUUGUGGAGAGCUCGACCUGAUGGAUCUGCAACCCAGCCUGGUUUCCUCUGAUGAAGGAACACGGGACCAGGACAACAUGGACGACACCACAUCUGAACAACAGUUCAGAGUCUUCAGAGACUUUGACUUUCUGGAUGUGGAGCUGGAGGAUGGAGAGGAGCUCCAGGGGGAGACAAUGGACAGCUUCAACUGGGGGGUGCGGAGACGCUCUAUGGAUAGCCUGGACAAGAGUGACUUGGUGCCUCUAGACGACAGCCAGCUGUUUAGCAGCACACCCAGCUUGGGACAAAUCACCCACCCAGACUCAGAGGAAUCUUCAGAGGAAGACUCCCUCACCGCCAGCCAGAUUGUAACUCACUCCCAGGUGAUCAUCAACCUAUCUCCCACCGAGGAGGUCAGUCGUCUGGACUCUCUGUCCACUUCCCGCGAUGCUUCAGCUACUGACCUUCCACAUCUCUCCCUCCAUGAACAAACUUCUAGUUGUGAGGUCUCACUGCCAGAGGACUCGAAGCCAAGGCCUCAGGUAUCAACAGAAGAUAAGGACACAAACAACCAUGAGAAUUACAUAUCCCUGUCCAUCAGUGAGCUCCCACUGGGGUUUGACUGCAGCGGUGACAGCUUUAGCCUGGAAAAGCUGGCUCCAGAUGACUACAGAGGUGAAUUGGACCUGGACUCCAGCUGUCUGCCCAGUCUCAGCGAGGAAGAGAGAGAGGAGCUGAUGGAUUCUCGUUCUUCCCCACCUCCGUCGCCCUUCUUCUCUGCCAUCCUGGCGGCGUUCCAGCCAGCAGCGUGCAACGACUCAGAGGAGGCGUGGCGGAGGCACAUCAACCAACUGGUGUCCGACACAGACGGCUCCUGUGCCGUCUACACCUUCAACGUCUUCUCCUCCCUCUUUCAGAGUAUACAGAGUAAAUUCUGCUCCCUGACCUGUGACGCUGCAGUUUACCUAGGAGAUGGCCUGCGAGGGAUAGGUUCUAAGUUUCUCAGGUCAUCCCAGAUGCUGACAUCAUGUUCUGAGUGUCCCACAAUGUUUGUAGAUGCUGACACUAUCAUAUCCUAUGGGCUGCUGGAGAAGAUGAAAUUUAGUGUACUGGAACUCCAAGAAUAUUUGGACACUUACAAUAACAGGAAAAACGCUGCCAUAGCUUGGUUAACAAACUGCAAGGUUACCUUCUCGAACGGCAGUGGGGGUGUCGUGAUCAACAGUCAGCCAGGGGAAUAUGAGGGAAAGCAAAUGGAAUCUCUGGCACAACUAGAACUCUGUCAACGGCUCUACAAGCUCCACUUCCAGCUGCUGCUGCUCUUUCAGUCCUACUGUAAGCUGAUUGAGCAGGUCCAUGCAAUCAGCUCUGUCCCAGAGCUGAUGAACAUUUCCAGAGAGCUGAAUGAGCUGAAUGUCAGUCUGCGGGCUGCUGCAGCCUCAGUGACCGCCAGUGACCUCCAGGCUGCCCAUCAAAUGUCCUCCUACGAGCCCACCUUCCACUCCUCUGAAGCAGCUGUACAAGCCAUCCUAGAAGCCCUGAAGAACCAAGAGUUUACCACAGCCAUCCGCUAUAUCCGCGAAUGCAGAAAGCUGUGGCCCAGUGACAUAUUUGGCAGCAUCUCUGAGGAUGAGACCAAGACAUUGCUGAACAUCUACUUCAGACACCAGUCACUGGGCCAGACAGGCACCUUUGCUGUGGUUGGCUCUAAGCAGGAUCUCUCUGAGAUCUGCUUCAAACUGAUGGAGCUCAAUGGGGAGAUCAGGGACAUGAUACGCCGGGCCCAGGGUUACAGAGCAAUCACCACCUUUCUCUCAGACUCCAGUGUGUCUGGCUCUAGUCUCUGACUCACUGAUGGAUGCUGACUCCAAAUCAUAUUCAAGGCCCCAGCCCCACAUGAGCUCUAAGCCUUUUUCCCAAUUUACGGCCCUGCCCAAAAAACUGCCUUUUACUAUACAUCCCCAGCCUUAGUUCUAGGUCACUGCCCCUGCCUCAGCCCUAUAUGCAGCCUCAGCCGUACAUCCCAGCCUUCAGCCUCAACCCCUUCACUACUCUGCUCCAGUCUACUACUAGCAUGGGUGUUCUGUUAUGGUUACCUUGGACACAAGUUAUUUUCUGUCCUGUGAGAGGACUGCACUUCCACAAGCCGUGUCGCUACUCAGAGCAGAGUGCCAUCAGGAUAUAAGGCCCCUGCUCAGCUCUCUAGAUGUGCAAAAGCACUGUUGGAGUGCAUUCGACAAAGCAAGACUUGCUUUUAUUGCACUAAUAUGGAUAACAUCACACGGCGGCCACUUGUUUCCAAGAUCAACAACUUUCGUCUAGUAGAAGACACACCAAAGUUAUGGUUAACUUAUUCUUCUGCUGAGUAUCUGUUUUUAAAUCUUCAAGGGAAAAUGUGCAAUGCUUCACAGAAGUGAAAGACUUUUACUGUAUUAUGAAAGAAAGUUUUUUGUUGAUUUUAGUGCUGUUGGCUACUUGAAUAUUAUUGAUAGGCUAAAUUAUGCUGAAUAUUUGGAAAUAGUAUACCUGUGUGUAUGUGAAACUGACUGUAACCUGACUACCAUCCAUGAACACUGGAAAGCACAUAUAUAAACUCUUCACACAUACUUAAAUAUAAAGGCUCAACUACUCUGAUAUGCUGCAGAUCUACUGUCUCAAGGACCUUCUCUAGAUACUGCAUUCAAGUAAUAUUUUACAGAUGUUCGCUUUCUACGGUAUAGCUAUUUUGCUUAUAGGAGAAUUAUUUAUAUAUACACAUGUAGCUUUCUACGGUGUAGCUAUUUUGCUUAUAGAAUAAUUAUUUAUAUUUACAUAAAAUCCACAUGCUUUGAACUGAUUAGUUUUAUAGAAUGAAAGGAAAUGUUCUGUUUGUUAAAACUGCCAAGCAUGCAUAUGUUAUGUUCUAUAAUGUGUAAUCAAAAUAUUUAUAGAUAUAAGAAUCUAAUUUGAGUGACAAUUGCAUUUGUACAUUGUGCAAUGGGAGCUUUGCAACUGCUUGUAAUAUUUUAUUUUAAUGUUUUUCCUUUACAGUUGGUCUAUGCAUGUAACUAAAAGAGAUGAAUAUUUGUAAAGCUUCCAUAGGAAUUGUUUUCACCUUGUAAAUACUACUGCUUUUAUGUAUACUGUACUUUGGUGUUCUCUACACUUCUGUGACAAUAAAAAAUAUAAAUGUAUUUGUUUAUAAA